AUGAUUGGAUCUAUCAUCCUCACGUUACCGCGGACUGAAGGUAUAAAAAGGAACACAUUCGAACCGGUGUCUACAACCCCGACCAACCCAUCGAUGGCAAGUCAAUACAAUCAUACCGCUGCACUUGAGAAGAACGCCGUCAAUACCUUUGGCCCGGGUACAGGAAGGCGUUUGAGUAUUGACGAGGAGACGAAGAACUAUCCUUCUGAAGGCGAUUCCACUGCCUCAGGAGGCUACGGAUCGACUCAAAAUGUAUGGUCUGAUGCGGCUCAACGCGGAAACAACGAUAAUAACAAAGACACGUACGAAGUUUCUUCGGGUGCUUGGACCUCAUAUCCAUCUACUCCGCGUGCGGAAACGCCUGUUAUCGCUGAGCAAAUAAUACCGGAGAGAUUUCACUCAGUUUUGUCCAAGGAAGUUCGAGACGCGCAGGAUGGGAAGGCUACCGACAGAAGUCGGAUAGUCGGUGCUUGA